AUUCCACUCUUGUUCUAUCUUUUCCCAUUUAUCCAACGACAAAAUACGCCAACCUUUUCGCAGUCUCUCUUUUCUCUUUACUUUUUCCACUUUCACUCCAAACAAAAUACUAUCCACACCCCCCCACCCCCUCGCUCUCCCAAAACAAAAUCUUCACUUCUCUUCUCUCCUCCUCAUCACUACUCAGAAUCUAAAGCAUCAAUCUUUCCCCUUUUCAUCACAACACAAUCAUGUCUUCAGCGGAGGAAAACAUACCCUUAGAAUUAGAAACUGCCCAAAAAAUAAUCCUCCGAUGGGACUCCACAGCAUCAGAAGAAGCACGCGAAAAAAUGAUCUUCGAAACCAAUAACCGUCAAGAAGUCGAUCUUUACCUCUCAGCCGUCGAUGAAAUCCAACGCUCCAUAUCUUCCACCUCCCUCGACCACCCUUCCAAACCCACCAUUCAGAUCGCCAUGGCUCGUUUAGAAGACGAAUUUCGUAACAUCCUCAUCUCUCACACCAACCCCAUCAUCCACGACGACGACCCUCCUUCUUCUUCUUCUUCCUCUUUCUCUUCAAUUUCCUCAACACGAAAACACGAUGAAGACGAACCAGAACCAGAACCAGAACCAGAAGAACAAGAACAACAAGAUAAUCUUAACGAAAACAGCGUUAAGUUUCUUCGUUACGACAGUACUUGUUCUGUUGCUACUACAGCAACUAUGAAUUCUUCAAGCUACCGUUCAACUAGUAGCAUCCGUGAGAUCGAUCUCAUACCUUCCGAAGCGGUUUCCGAUCUCCGCUGUAUCGCCGAUAGAAUGAUUUCCUCCGGUUACCUUCGUGAAUGCAUCCAAGUUUAUGGAAGUGUGAGAAAAUCAGCUGUAGAUUCGAGUUUCAAGAAACUCGGCGUCGAGAAACUUAGCAUCGGCGAUGUUCAGAGAUUGGAUUGGGAACAGCUUGAAACGAAGAUCAGACGAUGGAUUCGAGCUGCUAAGGUUUGUGUUAGAACGCUUUUUGCUAGUGAGAAGAAAUUAUGUGAACAAAUCUUUGAUGGAAUUGGUACUUCUAUUGAUGAUGCUUGUUUUAUGGAAACUGUUAAAGGUCCUGCUAUUCAGCUUUUCAAUUUUGCUGAAGCUAUUAGUAUUAGUCGUAGGUCGCCCGAGAAAUUGUUUAAGAUUCUUGACCUUCAUGAUGCUUUAAUGGAUUUGAUACCUGAUAUUGAUGUUGUUUUUGAUUCUAAGUCUUCUGAGUCCAUUCGGGUACAAGCAGCCGAGAUUUUGUCGCGUUUGGCUGAGGCUGCUAGAGGGAUUUUAUCUGAGUUUGAAAAUGCUGUUCUUAAAGAACCUUCUAAGGUUCCUGUUCCUGGUGGAACUAUUCAUCCUUUGACUAGGUAUGUUAUGAAUUAUAUAAGCUUGAUUUCGGAUUAUAAAAUGACGUUGAAUGAGCUUAUAGUUUCUAAGCCUUCGACCGGGUCUAGAUGUUCGGGCGAUCCUUCCACUCCUGAUAUGGAUUUCGAUGAGCUGGAAGGGAAACAACCUUUGGCUAUUCAUUUGAUUUGGAUUAUUGUUAUAUUGCAAUUCAAUUUAGAUGGUAAGUCUAAGCAUUAUAAAGAUGCUUCUUUGUGUCAUUUGUUUAUAAUGAACAAUGUGCACUAUAUUGUUCAGAAGGUUAGAGGGUCACCUGAAUUGAGGGAAUUGAUUGAGGAUGAUUAUUUGAAGAAGUUGACUGGGAAGUUUCGACAGGCUGCUACGAGCUAUCAGAGGGCUACUUGGGUUAGGGUUUUGUAUUGUUUGAGGGAUGAAGGGUUGCAUGUGAGCGGCGGAUUUUCUUCUGGGGUGUCGAAGAGUGCUUUGAGGGAAAGGUUUAAAGCUUUCAAUGCUAUGUUUGAAGAGGUACAUAGGACUCAAGCUGUUUGGUUGAUACCGGAUUCGCAGCUUAGGGAGGAGCUUCGGAUAUCUAUUUCCGAGAAGCUGAUUCCAGCGUAUAGAUCGUUCCUUGGGCGGUUCAGGAGCCAUAUAGAGAGCGGAAGACAUCCGGAGAAUUACAUUAAGUAUUCGGUUGAAGACCUUGAGGAUGCUGUUUUGGAUUUUUUCGAAGGGAUUCCUGUUUCGCAGCACAUGAGAAGGAGAUCUGAGUGAUCAUUGGAGUGAAAUGAAGUGAAAGUUUUUUUGCAACUUAUUAGAAGCUAGGACAAAAAAUUCUUUUAAUUUUUUUCACUGGAGUGUUCAGGUGAUGAUUGAGUGUUGCUGGCUAAUUUAAAGAUUUCUGUCAAGCUCUCUAUCUCGAGUGCUCCGUAACUUAUGAAGAUUGGUAUGGCUUAUGAAAAAGCCAAAGUAGCUCACUCACCCUGAAUGCUGCUGCAUGUAAGCAUGUUAUUUGAUUUUCAUACCACAUUCUAGAUUUUGUUUUUCUUCAUUUGUUUAUAUUGGAAUUUGUUGUUGUACGUGUGCUUUUGUUUAUUACUCUCUAAGGUCAAAAACCUGUUUCUUUUGUAGCUUCAAUCAGAAGAACUUCUAUUAUACAAUGUUAUAGUUUUGGCACUUACAUAUAGAUGCAUGUCGAAAUAGAAAAUCUUAGAUAUCA